AAUGAACAUAAGAGGCAAGCAUAUUCUGUUAUGCUUAUCCAUUGCUGUAGCUGCCCACGUGUCCAAUUUGACUAACAACUACAACACUGGUAUUGAACCUACUGAUAACAAAGGAUUCACAGAUUGUUCUAUUUCUCAUAACUUUGGUGAAAUGACAAAUGCAACCACUUCCCCCACACCAUUAAUACCUGGUCGGAACUAUCACAUAACAGCAACAGUGACUAUAAAAAAACCAAUUCAAUGGGCUAUCCUGCAUUUCAUUGUGAAACGUAAAUUUAAGAACUAUGCUAAUAUAACUUUUAUUGAUGAAAAGUUUAAUUUCUGUGAUAUUUGGGUGUCUUUCUUCAAUAUGCACUGUCCAAUAGAACCUGGAAUAUAUAAUUAUAACUACUCAGAAAUAUUGCCCCAGCUAAUGUGGCCAGGUCUGUAUUACAGUAAAGUUACUAUUUAUAAUGAGAACGGAGAACAACUUUUGUGUAUGAUGAAAGAAUUUGACAUCAAUUAGAUUAGAACAACAUUGAGUCUUCAUUUUUAUGUACAUUUGUAUGUUCUGUUUUCAAUGUUGCAUAGAAAUUUAGAGCUCAUUCUGAUCAAAAUUGUUAUAUUUGUUUCAGACAUUAU